GCAGAUAAUUUUUCAAGCCUAGACUUAGAAGAGAAACCGAAAAUGCAAGCAGUUAAGGAGAAAUUGAGUAACCUGGCUAGUGUUGCUAAAGAGAAAAUUACCAUUUGCAGCGCUCAGGCUGAGGAGAAGGUAAAGAAGGCGACGGCGAGGACUGAAGGAGAGAGAGAGAUGGCCCACGAGCGAAGGAAGGCUAAAGAGGCUCGAGCCAAGACGGAGCUGCACCAGGCGAAGGCUGAGCAUAAGGCGGAGAGAUUGAAUGCCCACGGUUUUGGUGGUCAUCAUGCUCCAGUGGUUGGCGCACAGGGACAGGGCGGCCAGCACCACCCAUAGGACUGCAGCUUCAACUCAACCAUGGCUCCGACUUACCCCUACCUACACUCCGGCCGGCCGGCUGGGAAUAUAGAUAUAUCAUAGAUGUUCAUGGCCUUCUUAUUAGGGUCUCUUGUUAUAUAGGCUGUAGAUAAUGUUUGGUUGAAUGUUGAAAUGGAUUAUUUA